AUGACCUCUGGGGUUUCGGGAAUCGUGACAGCCGUUGGAGCCCGACUGCAGGCAUAUAUUUGGGGGUAUUAUGUGGUGAGAAAGACUAACAAACGACGUCUAUUAGCUGCAUACGAUUUGGUGUCGAGAGGAAAAUUAACAAGCGUGUCCUCUGGACUCCAUUGGCGGUACCGGUUCUUCCGGCCUUGUAUUUUUCCCGCCCUGAAACCAUUAUAAACUGUUUGCCGUACAGGCCAAGGCGACUCUAAUUUGCUGCGCGUGAUGGAAUUUCAGGUAAGUCUUAAUGCAAAUUUGCCCUUUUUUUUGAACCGCAGUAAUGUUUUUUGAUUUUUUUUUGUCUCUGAAUUUUUUACCCGGGUAAACAACGUUUUUCAUACGUGUAAGCUUUCAAAAAUGAUGAGACGCUUGAUCGAAAUUUUCAUUUUUGCAACGAAAACAUUAAAAGAGAACUUCGAUCUUUGGAAACUGAAAACUCCCGUCUUUUCUGAAAAAAAAUUCGCCAUGAGGUUUUUUCUUGCAAUUAUUUAAACGUUUUUUUGUGAGCUUUUUGCAUGAGUGAAACUUUUUGGGAAAAAGUAUUUUUUUGUGUUAUAAUUAUUUUUUUAGAAAAAAAUUUUUUGUCAUACAGAAAAAAAUGUUUUUUUGAAAUUUGGAUUUUAACGAUAUUAUAUAAAUAUCAUAAUGAAAAAAACCUCUCUGUGUUAAAUGAACAAGAGAUUUUUCUGAGAGUUGUGGGAAACUAUUUAUUUAUUUUUCAUUUGGAGUUCUUUAAUUCAUAACCGAUUACUUCAAAAGAUAUUUUCUUCGUCUCACUUUCACUCAAAUAACCAUCCUCCUACACUUGAAAUAGUAAAUACAGUCGGAACUGAAUGACUAGUCUGCUCAAAAGUUGUUGACACACGGUAUGAAUACCCUUUUUCAUCUUCGAAAUUCAUAACCAACCAAUCCUGCAAUGUUUGCCCAUGUACACGGAUCUAAUUUUUCUCAGCUUUCCCUUCUUUCUGGAUUUUUUCGAGCGGUGUUCGACUGUGGAAAACGUGGUGAGAAUGAAUAUUUUAUGAUGUUUAUUUGUAGGGAAGGAGCAAAAAAAAGUCUUUGGAGCACAAUUUUCUCUCGUCUUUUUCACGAUUUUUCGCAUCUAUUUAUGAAGCGACGAUUAAUGAGAAAGUUCUUUUUUUGCAAACUUCUGAAUAUUAAUUUUUCCAUUUCGAGUCUUUUUCCAGUUCUAUUCUACUUUUUUAAAAAAACUUUCAUCCGUUAAUUUUCGAUAAAAAAAUUUAUUGGCUACUAGAUUUUUUUAGAAAAAAAGGCAUCUUACGCCGUUUCAUACCAAAACGCGUUUCUAAAGUUCUCAGAAACUUCAACUGUCCAAAUUUUUUGAAAUUUUUAAAGGCAAUUGUUCUAACGGUGUGUUUUUCAUGUAUCGUAGAUUUUUGAGAUUGGGAUCUCUGAUUUUUCAGCUUCAUUUUUUUUGAAUAACAUAUUUUGCCAAAGUGACCUUGUCUGGCCAUUAUUUUCCAUUUUGAAGUUCUCACCAUAAUUUUUUUGAGAUUUCUUCCCACGCUAAAGCCAUAUCAAAACAACCUCUUCCGCAUGGAUGUUGAUGACUUCCAAAAACUUAGUUUAUUUUGAGUUCUUUUUAUUCCAUCAACAAAAAAGGUGUUUGACGGAAUAAAGGACGGAAAUUGUUUGCGCAUGAAAUAAGUAGCUUGUGGUCCAAAAAAAUUCCGAGAGUCAAUGACCAAAGGCAUAGCACAUGCCCACUGAAGAAUGAGCGAAAGCGGGCGGGAAGAAGCAAGAAAAACGCGCUCGGCAGCCUCCGCUGCUUUCCGCGAGAUCAAUAUGCAACCGCGAGUUGCUAUCCAUAGAUGUUCCUAUCUCACACGCUCUCCGUUUUUUUUGUUUCCCAUUCUCUUUAGUUUGUUUUUACAAAGUUAAUUUAUAAUUAGUAGUCCUCAGAGUCUAUCUGAGCUAGGCAGAAAGCUUUUUCUGGAUUCCCUCAGCAGUUGGUCAUUGCAGAGAAAAGAGAUUGAUGGAUUUCGAAGUAUAAGAAAAACGACUUUUUUUCAAAUCAGAAAAAGCCGUCCCAGAACUCUGAGACUCCUCAAUUUUUUUAGCCGUAAAAUUAAAUAGUUUCUACCUUAUGAUCCAAACUUCUUUCUGAAGUUUCUAAUUAUAGAUCAAUUUUUUUAUAGGGAAAAAAAUUUGUAAUCUCUAGAGAAUAGAGUAUAGUUUGUGCAAAAGCUUUCGCUGAUUUUUUCGAGAAGCAAAAAGAGAUUGCUUAAAGACACACUACUUCCCGAUUAUAAAUUUCGCUUGAAAAAGUAAUUUACAACAGUCUCAAGAGAAAAAGAUCAAGUUUUUUAUUAGAAAAUGCUUUGAUAAUCUUGAGAAGUUGUAAUUGUGUAAAGUUCAUAUUACAUAUAUUUUUUGAGCUAGCGUUGAUCGAAUUACAAAACAUAGUUAUUUCGAAGCCAGCAAAAAAACGCACUUUGAAAACCUAACAACCGUUUCCCAAAAAACUUUGCAAUGGCGUUCAAAGACGCAUGAGCUGAAUAGAAUAACGAUUCCCAGUUAGAAAAUCUGUUGAUGAGGUCUCUGGCCGAAAAACAUCUGCAAUUCAGCCGUAUACUUUUUAAAAAGUUUCCAGCUUUUCCAAAUGGACGACCAUCCCGACGUCCAAGAAGUCUUCAUCGAUCUUGCCAAACAAAACCAUGGUAAACCGAAAUUUCGAAUUUCUGGCCGGUAUGAAAAUUUUCAGAGAGCGUUUUUCGUAACGAGUUGAUUGCUCUCUGUGUUCUUGUCGUCCUCCUGAUCAUCGGCUCAGUCAUCUACUUCGCUUUCCGCUCGAUGAUCUACAUGAAGAAGGUUUCUAAAUAAAAAUAUUUCUUCUAAAAAAUUUUUCCUUUCAGGACAAAGGUGAAACUGCUCCAAUCAACACCUUCGUGCCCCUGCAUGCCUCUUGA